CGUGCCUAUUAUAUGUUUUUUUUGAAGCGAAGGGCAUCCAGAAGAGAGUGUAUCCCCUCGGUCCGCUGUUUCACAGAAUAAUGGGUUCCUUCAAUUAUUGGAUACUACUCAGACACGGCAAAGAGAUUCACGAAUGUGUAAAACACAUGGAGGAAGACUGGCGUGUCAUUCAGAGAGUGGAGGAUUUCGAAGUGAUGAUGAAGCAUGCCAAGAUGGGCCGUUUCCUGGCCGGAAUCUGUGUGACGUUCAUGCAAGGCAGUUCCAUAUUCUUUAAUGCAGCCGCGACAAUGAAAACCGUAACUUUCAUUGUCAAUAACGUGACCACUACGAUACAUCCAUUGUCGUGUCCAGCGUACCGUAAGCUGGUCGACACGAGAUUCAGUCCGGCGAAUGAAAUCAUGAUUGUUAUGCAAUUCAUGUCAAGCUAUAUAACGAAUUCCUCCACAGUGUGCAUUUGUAGUCUCGGCAUUGCUUUCGCGAUGCAUGCCUGCGGUCAGUUGGACAUGUUGUACACGUGGUUUAACGAACUCGUCGAGGAUCAUGCGAAGGGAAACCACUUAGCUGAACAAAGAUUGACCAAUAUCGUCAAACAUCACUUGAGAGUCUUGUGUUUUAUAGCACGUAUGGAGAAUAUUAUGCAUAAAUCCUGUUUCGUGGAAUUGACGGGGUGCACGCUAAAUAUGUGUUUAAGUGGAUACUUUUUCAUUAUGAAUUGGCAUGCGCUUAGUACAGCAAAAAUGAUGUCGUAUUUUACGAUAUAUGUAUCAAUGGCCUUCAAUAUUUUUAUAUUUUGCUAUAUCGGCGAGAUUGUCACCGAGCAGUGUAAGAACGUCGGUCGAAUGGCAUAUAUGACCAAUUGGUACAAGUUGGAUCACAAAACUGCGCGUAACUUCAUACUAAUAAUUGUGCGAUCAAAUAACGUGAUCAAGAUAACCGCAGGGAAAAUAUUUUCUUUGUCUAUCGCCACGUUCGCGGACGUAAUUAAAACUUCCUUAGCAUAUAUGAACGCAUUACAAACGAUGGCUAUUGUGCCACGCAAAGACGAGUCGACAGAAGACAAUGAUUAUAGUUUACAAUUGAGCCGAUGGUUUCUCAUAUCCAUCGGCGCUUGGCCGCAAACAAGCAAGUCGACCGUAAUGGAGAAGUGGUCCACGUUCGUGUUAAUUCCCAUGUUCUGGGCCGCGGUGGCGAUCAAUGCGAUACCGUGCCUAUUGUACGUGUUUUUCGAAACGGAGGACAUCCAGACGAAACUGAACACCGCUGGUCCGUUGAUUCACAGGUUGAUGGGCACGGUUAAUUAUUGGACACUACUUAGCCGGACCGGCGAAAUGCGGGAUUGCAUAGGCCACAUGGAGACAGACUGGAGGCUCGUACGAAGGGCCGAAGAUCGCGAGCUGAUGAUAGAGUACUCCAAGUUCGGCCGCUUCAUCACUAUGAUAUGCGCGGUAUUCAUGCAGAGCGCCUCACUGCUCUUUAUCGCGACUAAAGUAAUGAAGAAGAUAACCGUUGUUAUCGAUAAUCAGACCAUUACCAUGCAUCCAAUGACAUGUCCGGCGUACCGAAAGCUCAUCGACGCGAGAUUCAGCCCAGCGAAUGAGAUCAUGCUGGUCAUACAGCUCACAUCGACUUAUGUCUCGAGUGCCUCUACGGUGUGUGUUUGCAGUCUCGCUGCCAUUUUCGCGAUGCACGCUUGCGGUCAGCUGAAUGUGAUCUACGUGUGGUUGAACGAGCUCACCGAAAACCACGACGAAGGAGAUCUGGCUGAAAAGAAAUUAACUGUUGUCGUGGAGCAUCACUUGAGGGUUCUGAGCUUUAUUGCGCGCAUAGAAAGUAUUAUGCAUAAAGCCUGUCUCGUGGAAUUGAUGGGAUGCACAAUUAAUAUGUGUUUAGUUGGAUAUUAUGCUCUCAUGAAUUGGGCCGCGUUUGACGUAGCAAAAAUAAUAUCGUAUGUUAUUGUUUAUUUAUCGAUGAGUUUCAAUAUUUUUAUAUUUUGCUACAUCGGCGAGAUUCUCACCGAGCAGUGUAGAAAUGUUGGAGAUAUGGCAUAUAUGACUAAUUGGUAUAAACUACGCCACAGAACUGCGCUCGGUCUUGUUUUGAUAAUUGCACGAUCAAAUAAUGUGAUCAAAAUAACUGCGGGCAAGCUAUUUCAUUUGUCUAUCACAACCUUCGGCGACGUAAUCAAGACUUCCGUAGUGUACUUAAAUAUAUUACGAACAAUGGCUAUGUAA